GCAGACGCGGAAAAGCAGCUUUUCAUGAUCCCCCACAUAACAAUGGCCACCAGGAGGAGCGCGUGCGUGAUGCGCUGCGCGUCUCCCCACAAAGUAAUGGCUGUUUGUAGGGGUACAAGCAGUUAGUAGGCUUGCUUGUGUGGCUGCUCGGGGUUGGUAUACAUUUCUUUCAGCGCCCAGCUCCACCGAGAUGCCGCAGAAGCCCGAAGAGGAGGAGGAGGAGGAGGCAGGCCGGGGAGACUUGCGACGUCUGCGUUCGGUAAACACGCGAGAGCCUUGUCAGGUCAUUUUUUGCAACCGCAGCCCGCGUUUGGUGAGCCCCAUCUGGCUGGACUUCGAUGGGAAACCGCGCCCCUAUCCGAACCUGCAGCCAGGCACAGGACGCCGGAUGCACAGCUACUUGGAACAUCUUUGGUUGUUCAGAGAUGCAGGGACAGAUGAUCGUCUGCAGGUCAAUGAGGCAGAGCUGUUUGUGGCCACGCGCAAUAUGAAUGGACAGCCCAUAUUGGCAAACAUUACAUUACCAGUGUUCACUCUGAAGGAGAGAUGUCUUCAGGUUGUCCGUACCUUGGUGAAACCAGUGGAUUACAGAAAACUAGACAUUGUUAAGUCACUAUAUGAAGAUCUAGAAGAUCAUCCUGACAUUAGGAAGGAUCUUCAGCGGCUUUCCUUGGAAAGAAGUGAAAUGCGAAGGAAUUAAGUCUCUGAUAGAAGAGAAGACUCCUAAUUGGACAAACUGUUUCCACUAAUAAUUGUGGGGUACAAAUUGCAUUUUCUAUGGCUUAUGAAUACCCUUCAGUGAUGUUAUGGGGUUUUAGAAGGCAGAACUUGCUUUUAUGUAGAAUGUAUAGCUUCAUAACACAGACAACCCCAGCUGUGGGACAAUGAUCUACUAUGUUAAAUCUUGGUUAAAUCUGGACAAAACCAAUAUUUGCAUAAUUUUGAUUCAUGGAAUGCCAAGUACAAAAACUCAUCCAGAUGUUACACAACUGUAAGAACAAUUGCUGCUGAAGCUAUUUUCAUGUUUCUUUCUCUUUAUUAAUUUAUUAUAGAUCAGGGUAUUCCUAAAAAAUUGAAGUUGGGCAAAUGCAUUCUCAUACCAAAGGAUGAACCUUCCUGAAACCAUAAAUCACUCCCCUAACUAUCUAUGUACUGUGGCAGAAACUUUUUGGCUCCUUUGAUUUGUCCAAAGAUUUCUUACACAUUGCCGUUUCAGAUGGGGCUUUGAGAUGUCCCUGUCUGUGGUAUCUGCACUGCACUAUGCAAGUAUGUGAUGCAGUAAAAAAAAAAUGGUAUAAAGGGAACACCGUUAAGUGUUAUGUUUUAGUUAAGUGUUAUGUUUUAGUACUCUGUAUCAUUCCUGUUUAAAUUGGUAUCUUCAUAUCAGUGUUUUUCCCAGUUCAUUCAAAAUAAGCAUCUGACAACCCUGUGAUGGUGGUAGACUCUUCUACCAGAACUCACUUUUAACUUGGUUCAGAUUUUAGUAUUGCGAUACAAGUGAAUGGAGUAAGUGUGGGGAUCAUACCUAGCUUUUCCUCUUGCAGGUUCCAAGCAAGAACCUAACAAACCCAGCAAUCUGUGAAUACUUGUCAAGGGCUUUUGUCUCCCUCGUCCCAUACCAGUACAAUAUUUUAACAUUGUGAGGCUGACUACUGAAAUAGUAUCUUUUAGUCAUAGGGAGGCUAAGGGAACUCUCAUCAUAUUCUGGUAUUUCAAACCUACAGCUAAUAAAAUAGCACCACUGUGUAUGCUGUAAUGUUAGACCUCAGCACCAGCAAUUAUUACUGAUUGAUCUUGUGCACUUAUCUGUAGUCCAAAUGCAAAUCCUUACAGAGCUAAUGUGAAAUUAAAUUCGUUGUUGUUGGAACAUAAUUUUAAUUUGUUGUGAAUUGUUACAUUUUGUAAGGCACUAGUUUGUGGAGUAAAGUAUGUAGUAUCUUGGAGAAAAAAUAUUUCAUAUGUACAUUCUAUGAUUUUUAAACAAAUGUGUACCUUGGAUGUUACCUUGAGGACAGCAUUCAUGAAUUUAACUGGAGCUUUCCCUUGGAGAAAAUAAAUGCAUGUAGUUUGUAGUACAAUAAGAGUUGAAAGAAGACUGUUAAAAUGCCAGUUUUUCAUUUGUGGUGGAAACCCUUGUCAGGAUGGGAAUUCUAAAUAAGUUGUUUAGCACAACUGCCUGCUGGAAGCCUUCUACUGUGCACAUGUUUUGUAUGUGUGCCUUUGGAUUGCACUCUUUGCAGACAAGAUAUUCCUCCAGUUAUGUAUUAGGCUUUUUAAUUGCAACACUAAGGAACUCAAAAGUGGAAGAAAUGCAAGGUUCUUCCACUAUCAGGGGUAAAAAUGGCUUAGUGUCUACAUAGGCCUGAUUUUAGUGACCUUCAUGAAUUUUUGUGUCUGAUUUCGGAGAGCUGCCAGGGCACUUUCUGCUAAUACAUAGUUUCAUGUAUAUAAAAGAUUUUCAAGAUAUUAAAAGUUUCUAUGCCUUUGUA